AUGCUCUAUUUUAUUGGACUCGGUUUAGCUGAUGUAGAUGAUAUAACUGUUAAAGGUUUACGUAUCAUUAAAAAUUGUAAAGAAGUUUAUUUGGAAACCUAUACAACUAUUUUACAAGUCGAUCAAAAGACAUUAGAAGAAUAUUUAGGAAUUUCGAUAAUAGCAGCUGAUAGAGAACUUGUUGAACUUUCGGCAGAUAAAAUAUUAGCUAAUGCUCGAGAUUACGAUAUUGCAUUUCUUGUCGGUGGUGAUCCACUUUCAGCAACAACUCAUACUGAUUUAAUUUUACGUGCUGUUGAACUUAAUAUUCCAUAUAAAGUAAUUCAUAAUGCUUCAAUAAUGAAUGCUAUUGGUAGUUCUGGAUUGCAGUUAUAUCAUUUUGGUGAAACAGUUUCCAUUGUAUUUUGGACAGAUACAUGGCGACCAACAAGUUUUUGUGAAAAAAUUGUUGCUAAUCGACGACGUGGUCUGCAUACACUUUGUUUAUUAGAUAUCAAAAUAAAAGAACAAGAUGAAACUAGUUAUAUGAAGAAAACUAAAACAUAUUUACCACCUCGUUUUAUGACAACAUCACAAGCAGCUUCACAAAUUCUUGAAUCAGCUAAAGAGUUACAAGUUGAAGACAUCAUCAACGAUAAAACACUAUGUGUAGGUGCAGCACGUAUUGGUUGGUCAGAUGAAAAAUUUAUAACAACAACUUUACGUAGAAUGGCUGAUGAAGUUGAUUUAGGUCGUCCGUUACAUUCACUUGUUAUUGCUGGUCAAUUGCAUCCACUCGAAAUUGAUUAUCUUAAAAUUCAUGCUAUUGAAUCAUCAUUUGAUCAAUUAGCUCUAGAGCACAACCAGAGUUUAAGUCAUUAA